AUGGCUGCCAAGGAGAAACGUCCUGAGAUCAUUGAGAUCUCCAAGGGGUUGCAGGGAAUUCCUGCAUGCGAGGACUACGACCGUAUGAUAUCAGGAAUGAUGUACAAUCCCAUGAUUCCGCAGUUGCUUGAGGCACGUCAUCGCUGCCGAGGACUGGCUGCAGACUACAACAAUCUUGACACGAAGACCGUGACCUACGACAAGAUCGGUGACGUGCGUUUGGAACUGCUACGAAAGGUCGUUGGCAGAGUUGGAGACGGCACAUUCAUUGAGCCCCCCUUUCUGCCUGAUUACGGCAGCAAUAUCAGCAUUGGCAAGGAUUGCUUCUUCAACUGGAAUCUAACAAUCCUGGAUACCAGUCUCGUAGUCAUCGGCGAUCGAGUGCAAAUCGGCACUGGCGUGAGUCUGAUCACAGCAGGUCACGAUACCAGCAUUCUUUCGCGACGCAAGUUCGUCGAAUUCGGCCACCCAAUCUUCAUCGAGGACGACUGCUGGAUUGGAAGUAACGUGAUUGUCCUACCGGGCGUUCGAAUCGGCCAGGGAUGUACCAUCGGAGCUGGAUCAGUCGUCACAAAGGACAUUCCACCCUUCUCAGUCGCCGUUGGAACGCCAUGUCGAGUAAAGAAAAUGAUUCGGUCGGCAGAGGAGGAAGAACAGGACCCCUGUAAUGAAUACCGCAACCUUGUUCGUGAGGACCGAUAG